GGCCGGGGAAACCGGGACGCGUGAGGUCUGAGUGCGUGGAGCGGCCCUGGGGCUCCGCCGGGUGGGGAUGAAGGGCCAGCAGGGCCAGGGGCCGGGGACUGCGGGAGGCGGGCGGAGAACAAAGCCGCUCGGGCUCUGCCGCGGAAGUAGUGCCUGGCCCUCCCGCCCGCGUCUCCCUCACGCUCUUUCUCAGGGUACUUCCGAGGCGGAGGUGGGGCGCACCUGCUGGAGCGGGCUGGCCUGCCGGCCGGGUAGGGAAGCGCGGGCCGGUCGCAGCGCCGGCAGCGCUCCGGCCUGCAGGGAGGGUGGGAGCCGCAGCUCCCUUCAUCGUCUGCCUCCGCCUCGGUUGCGGAGACUAUCUGGUGACAAUUGAAGAAAAAAGCAAAGCAACUUUCCUAAGAGCAUAUAUGAACUGGAGAUGCAUGCCUGCAGGGAGUUCUCGCGUGUGUGUCCGGAUGGUUGGUCACAAGAUGGAAGAGUCAUACAGUGAAGCCUUAAAAGAACAAAUGUCAGUUGUUGAAAUGCCACUUUCAGAUCCUCCACUGUGCAUUUCAUGUUGUCCUGUGAAUGGAGAUCUACUUGUGGGCUGCAAGAAUAAACUUGUCAUAUUCUGUUUGAAAUACCGUGUCAUAAACCAGAAUUUGACUGUGUUAGAUUUUGAACGCUCCUUAAUUUUGCACAUUGAUAACCUCAUUCCUGUCGAAGUUGCAUUUUGUGCCAGACAUAUAGCUAUAACAACAGAGCUGGAUGUUCUAAUCCUGAAACUGGAACUGGUCCAGCAAAGUGCAGACAGGACAGAGCAGUGUGCUCAGGGAGUCAGUGCACCAGAGAAGGCUAUGGAUGGAGGUGUGAAAGAUGAAAGUCCUCCAACACAUCCUUUACAGCUUGAAUUAGAUGAGUUCAUCAUAUGUCAGAAGCCAGUGGAAUUGCUUGGGGAACAAAGUAAGCUGUGUGAGAUACCUGUCAUACUGGAAUCUACAGAGUUACCUGUGGAAGACACAAAGCACUUCCAAGUGCAGUAUCUGCUUUUCAGACAUUUUGCGCCCGACCAGUCGCCUUUUGGGUUUUGUGAAGAGACUAAGUUGCACUCUGUUCAACUGCUUCCUGUAUACCAGACAGGAAUUCCUGCAACAGCCUAUGAGGAAACUGAGAACAAGAGAAAACUUCUGAGUCUCUUCUGCUUUUUCUCUUUACCUCAUGUUGGAUAUCUCUACUCUCUUGGGAAGUUAGUAGAACUAAUUUCUACUUACCAAUAUUCAGAAAAGUCAGAGCAGGCAGUCCUCACUCCACAGUUCUUACACGUCAUUACAAGUCAGAACCUGCAGUGCUUCACAGUGCGAUGCAGUGCAGCAGCAGCUCGUAGUGAGGAUCCAUAUAUUGACACGACUGUGAAGGCUUGUCCACCUGUCACACUGGAUGUCUGUACAUUAAGAAUGCAGCUUUUUAUAGGACCAAGAGCUAUCUGUCAUUUCAAAAACCAUAUAAUUCUUUUGACUAAGGCAGACACAGAAGAUAUUACUGAAAGAAGAAAGCCUACAAGAAGGAUGCUUUCCAGAAAGACUGACCACAUCAAAUCCAGAACAAAUUCUGAGUCAGAGCCGGGUUGGAAUUUAUAUAUUAUAAACACUGUUUCAACAAUUCAGCUUUACAGAGAAAUGGUAGAAUAUAGUAGAACUUAUGAAAAUGUUAAAACUGAGAGCUGCAUCCAUCUUUUAAGUGAGGCUCACUUACUGAUCAGAGCAGCUAUAAUGGACCCUCAUUUCCUUAAAUCAGAUGAGAAGGAAGAUCUUCUGAGAGCAUUCAGAGAAAGUUGUGCCUUCUUAGGAGACUGCUACAGCAGGUUUGACACAAAGGAUUACCACCUUGCUUUGCCAUACUACAGAAUGUCAGGUUUAUCCAUGACUGAAGUUUUAAAGAGACUAGUUUCAGAAGGUGAUGAAAUACAGACAUAUGAGAGAGGAUUUAUAUUUUACUUAACUCAUUCUCUUAAUGAAGACUCAAACGAAGAAUUAAGUAAGGAAUCAGGAAAUAAAGUUCUCCAGAUACUGUAUCUUGCGGACCCUGUGCAGCUGCCUGAUAUCCUUUGCAGUCCCAGCAUGAGAAACAUAUGUCCUUUGACAGCUGUGAAGUAUCUUCAGAAAGUAGAAAAGAUGAUGCCAUCAGUGGUCCUGACACUUACUAAGGCUUUCUUUGCUCUGAAAAUGGGAGACCUGGCAAUGUAUGAACAUGAAAUGCACUCCUAUAAGGAGACAACACUGGCUUGCGGCUUCAUUGGGCAGCCACGGCUCCUGCAGCAGCGUAAGGAAGGAAUUGUUACACCAACUGAGUUUGCUGUUCACCUGAAGGAGACGCAGCCUGGUUUACUCGUGGCUGCCACUGUGGCUUUACAUGAGAACAGUAAAAUUGAACUAGAAGAAGCAGAUACCUUUUUCAAGAUGCUGUGUAAUAGCAGUGAAAACACUAUUCCCCAGCUCCUGGUGGAUUUCUGGGAAGCUCUUCUUGUAGUGUCCUCUCAGGAAAAAAUACUUCAGGAGCUCCUGCUGAGGGUUACUUCUCAGUAUGUUCAGAGAAUAUCAAAGAAGCAACUUCCUGAGACUAAGCCAUUGAAAACAACAGAGGAUCUAAUAAAUUCCUGCAGUCAUUUUGGGUUGAUUGUUCCAUGGAUAGCUUCCAUAAUGUCAGUGGGAUGUUCAUCUGACAAAGAUUACCAUGAAGACAUCUCAAGACUACAGUCUCUUUUAUGCAGUCAGUCAAUCAAUAUAGUUUCAGCGCUGCCUGUUUUGGAGCCCCUGACAGAGGCUGACAGCGUUGGCCUCGCUGUCCGUGUUCUCUGCAAUACCCGUCUGGGCAACUACGAGGCAGCCAUUGACCAGCUGCUCACAAGGUGUCCUGGGGCAGCUGUGAUCUACGCUCAGCAUGAGCUGAAAGGUGACACUCAGGCUCUGUGGUGGAACAAGCUGCUUCCUGAACUUUGCAAGAGAACUAGACUUACUGGAAAUGACUGCCCCGUUCUUAUUUCAUCACUCAAAGAAACUUUAUCAAUUGUUGCAAUGGAACUGGAGCUAAGGGAUUUCCUCAGUCUUCUACCAGAAGAUGGAACUGCAGCAUUUUUUCUGCCACAUCUUCUUCACUGCAGCCAGAGGAAGCUGCUGACCUAAAACAAUGACCUGUGGACCUGCUGUCCACUCAGCUACAGUGUGGUGUAAUAAAAAAGUAAAUGAAACAACCAGUAGAACUCCUUAUAAGGUACUGCAAGCCUCCCUUCAUAUACAUCUUAUGUCAACUGCAGAAGGACAGUUGUUUCCUGAGGCAAAGCAUCUGUGUUGAAGCUAAUUCUGGUGCCAAAGCAGCUAGGAAAUAGACUCUGUAGUACAACUGAACUGUUUUCUAAACAUUUACUACAGACGUACUAAUAAAAUGUGACAGUAUGAUGACUGAUACCCCAAAUUGUGCUGUUACUCAGGGUUAUUUGCAAACUUUAAAAAAAGUUCAUUUCAUUAGCUCUUCUGUGUUCCUCAUCUGCUAAAUAACAUGCAUUAGCCAUCACCUAGAAUAUGUUUCGCUUGCAAGAUACUGUUUUCAUUUACAGAAACAUAUAUUUAUAAGCUGUUACAUUCAUGUAGCUGUUUUAGUCUGUGGUUCUUUUCUUAGCCACGGCCAUUAUGCGAAAUCUUCCAAACUGUGCAGAGAUGAGUGGUCCAGAAGAAUAUUUUCCAAGAAAUUAAGGUAGACUUUGGAGUAUCACUGUGUUAAAAUGCUUUCAUCAUUCUUGAGUGCCUGGCACACCUUUACGCUUGAACUGAUUGAAUAAUCUUGGGAACAGAGACUGCGUGUCUAGAGGGAGAAAAAUAGCUUUAUUGUACAUUUCAUCAAAAGAACAGUCUGUGCAUGCGGCCAGCAGAGUCCAAAAUGAGCACAGGGGUUCAAGUAUGUUCUGGACAUUGUGAGUUAGAUUUAAAAACAACUUUAAGAUGCAAUGAGGGUUACAUUUCAAUGCAGUCUAGAUGGUUAAUAAUAAAAAAAAUCUGAUGUACCGCUGAUCCAAGUUGAAAGUCUGUUUUUACAUGUCUUCCUGUAUACUCUUAAAUGAGCUUUGUUAUUGUCUGGACAUCUGGCAUAACAUACUCUGUAACAUACUCAGUUUUAGUGUUUAUAAAAUUGAAUUAGGUUCUGUUUCAUAUUCCAGUGGUUUAUCAAAUAGAAUUAGAUUUUCUGUUUAACAUUGCAUUCUGUAUUUUUUAGUAUAGCUAAAAUGUAAAUCACAUGGUUGUAUAUAUAUACAUACAUCACAUAUUUUGAAUUAUUUCUACUGUUCUCUUUCUCUCAAUACCUGUUAUGCUCUGUCUUUUGAGUACCGAAAAAUGUUGGUUUUAAAAUUGAAUUAACUUUUUAGAAACAGUAACUUUUCUUCAAAAUUCAAGUUUUUUCACUGGUGAUAUUGCCAGAGCAAGGUAAUAGUGUCCGUAAAGCUACAACAUGCCCUUGAGAAAGUAAACACUGUUUUAGUUUUUCAGUACUUCAGCUGUAUGGGGAUGAUGAAUUCAUCUGUAUUUAUCAGUGUUGCUUGUUUUAACAAAGAUUGAGAUGAAGUCUGUCACUACUGGGUACAGAAAUACUCUGUCUCAUGAAGAAUUCUUUUUAAAUAAAAAAAUCUGUCAU